AGGAGAUGUUGUAGAAACCGAAGAGCAUUAUAAAAGCCGAUGGAGAUCUAUUAGGAUUCUAUAUCUUACUAUGUUUCUCAGCAGUGUAGGGUUUUCUAUUGUGAUCAUGUCAAUAUGGCCAUAUCUCCAAAAGGGCUGCAACAGGAAAUAAAAAGUUUCAGAUUGUAUAAGUAAGGAAUUGCUAAAAACAAAAACAAAUACAGAAUGUUGGGGAUAUGUCAAAGGGACACAAGAACCAGGUGAAACUCCAGAUAGCCAAAGCUGGACCAAUUUGGUGAAUGUCUGGCCUGCAGGCUGUAGAAGACCUGCGAAAUAUUUGGUCUGGUCCUGCCAAGGCAACUACAGGCAGAGUGACAGACUUCCACUCUCCAAAUGGCUGCAACUAUUGGGGCUGGGCCAGUCUGAAGUCAUAUGCCAAGAACUACAACCAGAUUGAUAAGACAGCCGAUGCAAGUUUUUUGGGCUGGGUUAUUGCUUCGUUUAGUCUUGGCCAAAUGGUAGCUUCACCUAUAUUUGGCUUAUGGUCUAAUCAUAGGCCAAGAAAAGAACCUCUCAUUGUCUCCAUCUUUAUUUCGGUGGCAGCCAACUGCCUUUAUGCAUAUGUCCACGUUCCAGCUUCUCAUAAUAAAUACUACAUGUUGGUUGCUCGUGGAUUGGUGGGAUUUGGAGCAGGAAAUGUAGCUGUUGUUAGAUCAUAUAUUGCUGGUGCUACUUCCCUUCAGGAAAGAACAAGUUCCAUGGCAAAUACAAGCACAUGUCAAGCAUUAGGCUUUAUUCUAGGUCCAGUUUUUCAGACUUGUUUUGCACUCAUUGGAGAAAAAGGUGUAACAUGGGAUGCGAUAAAGCUGCAGAUAAACAUGUACACAGCACCAGUUUUACUUGGCGCCUUCCUGGGAGUUUUAAAUAUUAUUCUGAUCCUUACUGUAUUAAGAGAACAUCGUGUGGAUGACUCAGGACGACAAUAUAAAAAUGUUAAUUUUGAAGAAGUAAAUACAGAUGAAGUUCAGUUUCCCCAAGGAAAUAUUGAUCAAGUUGCUGUUGUGGCCACCAAUAUUCUGUUCUUUGUGGUUCUGUUUAUCUUUGCCCUUUUUGAAACCAUCCUUACACCGUUAACUAUGGAUAUGUAUGCCUGGACUCAAGAACAAGCUGUAUUUUAUGAUGGAAUAAUACUUGCUGCCCUUGGAGUUGAGGCAGUUCUUGUUUUCAUGGGCGUUAAAAUACUUUCCAAGAAGAUUGGUGAGCGUGCUAUUCUCCUGGGAGGACUCAUCGUUGUGUGGAUUGGCUUCUUUAUCUUGUUACCUUGGGGAAAUCAGUUUCCCAAAAUUCAGUGGGAAGAUUUACAUAAUAACUCAAUCCCUAAUACCACAUUUGGGGAAAUUAUUAUUGGUCUUUGGAAAUCUCCCAGAGAAGAUCACAGUGAAGGACCAACUGGUUGUCCAAUUGAACAAGCAUGGUGCCUCUACACCCCAGUGAUCCACCUGGCCCAGUUCCUCAUAUCAGCUGUGCUCAUUGGGAUAGGCUAUCCAGCCUGCAAUGUCAUGUCCUAUACAUUAUAUUCAAAAAUUCUAGGACCAAAGCCUCAGGGUGUGUACAUGGGCUGGUUAACGGCUUCUGGCAGUGGAGCACGGAUUCUCGGGCCUGUAUUCAUCAGCCACGUGUAUAGUUACUGGGGACCACGAUGGGCGUUCAGCCUUGUAUGUGGGAUCGUCGUGCUCACCAUCACUCUCCUGGGAGUGGUUUACAAGAGACUUAUUGCGUUUUCUAUACGGUAUGGGAGGAUUCAAGAGAAAACUGGGUCAGAGUAGUAGAAAGUAAAUGCUGUGUGGCAUUUCCUAGUCUAAGGCUCUGCUAAACACCUGCUGCGAGCCAGCCUCCAACAGUCAGGCUGCAGAUACUGCUUAUUUUGAGUAACAAGACCAUGUGUUGGAUGACAGGGAAUCUUACAGGUAACUGUGAAUAGUAGGAUAUAUAAAAACAUUGUCAGUCAUAAUUUCUUUAUCUCAAAAAUGAAUUCCACUAAUACUUUUGUGGGCUUGCAUGAAUUAGUGAGUGAACAAUGGGCAGUAAAUGUGAAGUUAAAUUUAAUAAAAACUGCAUAGGUUUCAUUAAAAUAGUGAGAGAACCAGAAAGAGGGUUGUAUAUGAACUAGCUAUAGCAGAAUGAAAUUAUAAUAGAUAUUCUCCUACCUAAAUAGGGGUAUUUUAAUUUUAUUUUAAUUUUAUUUAAAAUACACUAUUACCAAGUUUCCAUGAUACAAAAAUCGAAACCCUUAAAAUUUCUUUUUAGCAUAACUACCGUCCUAUGUUGCCUUCCAUAAGUCUUAAUUCCAUACUGCACCUGAUUUCAGUUCAUUGUCUCACUAACCCCUAAGUUAACAUGGGUAAGAAUAAUGUUGAUAUUUGACAAUAAAGAGGAUUAAGAGAUCAAGAUUUCACUACAUUUAGUAGAGCUAACUACUUUUUGCUUUCAAGUGCUAAUCAGUAAUUUAUUUAGAAACAUAAAGACAGACGUGCUAUUGCAUACCUAUUCGAAACAGUAAAUGGUUUCUUAAAAUCAUUAGUAUUUUUUAACUCCCUUAAACUCUGAAGAAAAGAUGUUUUUCCCAUCUCUCACUAGUGGCAGGGAGGAACACAACAGUUUUGAGCUUGUCUAUGUAUAUGUAUAUCUAUUUAGAGUUGCUGAAUUUUUGUUGGAUUUUAAAUUUGGAUGGGUCCUAAUAGCCCCAAUCAAAUCAGACUAGUAAGUAUUUAAGGCAAAAUGACUUCAAUCUGACAGUUUACUCAGUUUACCUUAAGCUGGGUAAAUCAUACUCUCACUAUAUACAUUUCUACCUCUACAUAAGUUGAAGUCUGAUGAAGAGUAGAGAACUAUGUAUAUAAUCACCAUUACAAACAGUACAAAAAUAUGUCCCCACGGUUCCUGCUUUAAGUUAUAAACACUACCACGUGCACGCUAUACUGAGCUUGCCAUGUUCUUCAAGGUCGUUUCUUCAGCUCUCCCCGAAGGCUUCAUUUGACAGCAAUCAUCCUGUGAUGACAUUGUGAAGGUGCUGCUCACUGUUCCUCACCUCCCACAGUAAGAUUGUGUCUCAGGGGCUUUUGCACGACCACAGCCGGCUCUCUGGCACCUGCACGACUCUGUUCUUGUUCUGCAGCUCCCUUCCCCGUCUUCACCUUGGUUUGGAACAGUGUACGUGGUGGAAAUAUCAACAGUGGUCAGAAUGAAAAUGUUAAGAGUGAAUAUUUAUGGAGUCCUUUUCACAUUCCUGGUAAUGUGUAAUAUACAACUUAAUUCUGUGGUUCCCAUUUGACAGAUAAAAUGGCAGCUGAGAAGUUAUUUGUCAAAAUAAGUCUCUGCAGAAUCCACUAUUAACCACUACCACUGUGUUUCUGAUACUGGGACAAAUAGCCCAGAAAGUUGCAGAAUCAGACAACUACUAAUUUUAGGGUAAAUUAACUUACCUGUACCUAUGAUUCCUUUUGAACAGAAAUAUUUGGGAAAUACAAUUUUAAAUGUACUGACUGGUUUUUGUCUUAGCAUAAUAGUUACUCUGUUUCCAGCAAAAAUACUACAUAGAAGUUUCCCAACCUAGGAAGAUUAAUAAUAUUCAUUUAAAAUAAGAUAAACCAUAACUUUGCACAAAUGACUGGUCAUCUUUUUACUGAAAGUGCCUUCUUCAGAGGAUUACAUCAUUGAAUCUUCUUACAAAAGGAUACAGAUCAGGAAGUGACAUGAGGUUGAGAAGAGAGCAGGGAGGUUAGUUUGAGUAAAAACAGCAGUUGAGGUCUUGAGGAUAAAUUUAAAAAGAUAGGACACCUCAAAGUAUGGGGAAAAAUUAUUUUGCUAGUGAGCAAAGUGAGAGUUGUUACUAAAGUUUCCUGAGACACUUCCUGUCACAGCAGUCAGGAGUGGUGCUCCAAGGGAGGAAUUGCCUGAAAGUCUUAAGAAUAGUAAAAGAAGAUGUAUUUUAGAAAACCUAAGCUGAAACUUGAGAAGGAUAAUCUUCAUUUCAUGAAGGGGUAUAUAAUGUCACAGUGCAUCUCCAUUCUGUUUUCCUUCAUUUGUGUACAUUUAAAAUGAAUUUUCAAUUCAUGUAACACUUUCCUCUUGCAUAAAGUGAAGUAAUGCUAUAUGCAAAUUUCAUUUUAAUGACGAUAAACUCUUUUAUCUGCAGCUGUUCCAGAAUAGAUUAUUUUGAGAAGAAAUUCUGGGUACUAUUUUUUGACUGUUGCAGACUUGUUUGUAAUUUAAUGUUUAUUUUAACAUUGUAAAUGCUCAUUUUCUAAUAAAUAAGAUUUAAAUGUA